ACUGAUUAAUAGCUCUGUUGAAAAAAUACAUCGUGUCUGUCUAACGUUUUGUUGAAUGUUAUGUUCCAAAUUGCACCAACGUAUUUGUCUGUUUAAGUGAUUACAAUACUCGGAUUACACGAUCAAUAGCGGCUGGAUAUAUCGGCGCUGAUUGAACUCUAAAAAUAUACCUUAAUGUGUAUGACGGAUUUUAAUAUUUUGCCGGUUUCAAGCCCCCUAGGUCGCGCUUUACGAGGACGUACUUAUCAAGCAACGUGAUGGUUUACCUGACAAUUUCUACCUGUGCAAAUAUAUGUGCAGUGUGUACGAGUGCCAGUGACAUAAACAUGCCAAUAAGCAUUAUGUAUCAUGUGAGAUAGGGCGUCCCGGAUAUAGGAUAUGUGGAGGCGAAUACUGCAACAUACAGCCCAUGUUUACCUGUCAACGCAUGCCUUACGAAAUACUAUCAAGUUCAGCAUUCCUGGUUUUAUGAGAUCUUGAAAUUUGGCAAUUUGGAGAAUUCAUUUAUUUCGUAGCCAUGUUUGAUUUCUACGAGUUUUCGGUUUUGGGGAAGGUAUGGCUGUUGAUCAAAUCACAAAGCAACCUUCCCCUAAAGGCUGUCGUCGUUUUCAUCACCUGGUUUAUUUUUCGCGAUACAGCACAUUCUUUAAUUCAGUUUGCUUUACGUAAGCAGAACACUGUUGGAGUACGUAAGCAUAAGAAAAAAAUGGCAGAAGAAGAUGUCCAGAAGUGUAUGGAUUGGUUGUUCAAGACCCAGGAUGAGUUGCUGACGAGUCCGUUCGGAACCUGUCAAUCCGACGUAACAUCCGCAAUUGCAGCUCAGCGAAACCGGAACAAGGAAGUGCAAAGUUACGGAGUUAAUCUAAACAAAAUUUUCACCAAACACCAAUUAGGCCAAAAAGAAACAAUGGAUAUUUCUGCGGCUUACGAGUCUGUCAAGGCCGUGUCUGGUAAGAAAUCCUCCUGUUUGGAGGUGCUGAGUGGAAUAGCCUCCCUUGAAGAUUCAAUACAGAGUCUUUCAUGCGAAUUUGACGCUAGGUCGGUCCACUUAGUCAAUAUGAUGGAGAACAACAAACAAACGGAUCGGAAUAACCAGAGCAACGAAAAUCUCGCCAGAACUGCGCAGGGCUGUGUGGUGGCCGUCCGUAACAACUGGCGCUGGAUCAACACAGUUCUCCAGUGUUCCCAGGUUCACCUCCAUAACGCCGCGUCAUACCAAGAGUUUUUCCACGAGGUGGAGGAAGUAGAAUACUGGAUGAAUACAACCAUGUCAAGGAUACACCUGACCUUUGACCGCUCAAAACUAAGUGGUGACAAGGCAGACGUUAAUUGUAUACAAACAGAAAUGAAGGAUGUACUGCUGGCCUAUCUCCAGUGGCAGGGUAAGGUGGAGAGCCUAUUUGAUCGCGCCAAACGUAUCGUCCCGGUUCCCAACCGGAUCCGGAAGUUGGAGGAUCCACGUCCUGUCAUCGCCAUUGCUGGAUACAAAACAUCAGAGAUAGAGUUCCAGGAGGGGGAGACUCUGACGUUACUUGACAACAGCGACAGAACAAAAUGGAUGGUGAAGAAUGCCAGGGAACAGACAUGCCUAGUGCCUGCCGUCUUAUUUGUCAUCCCAGGGCCUUCUGGUCCCGCCAUAGACGCCAUAAUGAGGUUGAGAACACAGCUGCUGGCACUGUGGACAAUGAGCAUCAAGCGUCUUGGCUACCAGAUGAUCGCCUUCAUGUUGAUGGUGUUUCGAGACUGGUCAGAAGAAGAGAUCAAGAGCCUGCAAGGGAUGGGUCCUAAGGACCGCAACGACCUCAUCCGCGUUAUGAACAAUAUCGAGAAAACGUUAUACGACACGUGGAAUGGAUACGGGGACUUCAAGGACCUCCAGGAACGCAUCGCUAGACUGCGCAUGAUCCUGGAAGAGGGAGACAAGGAUGGUACGGGUUCCCCAUUUACAGCUGUUGUUCAACUCAAAUCUCUAGAUAACCUUCUCAGCAAGUACAAGGACUUCUGGGCGUACUGGGAAACGUUCAAGGUUAUUGUAGAGCUGGUCCGCGAGCCCAAGCAUCUGCUGGUCUGUGACAAGUGGGACCAGCUGAGAUUCGUGUCCACCGCACACUUUGUCAAGUUUUGGGACACAACGGUCAAUCUCAAUCUGUCUGACCUGUCCAGAAUGGACACUGCUGUUACCUUCCACGAGACACCCAGGGUGCCCUUCCCUCCUCGUCCUCCAAAGAAGGAGGAGGAAAUGAUGAUGGAAGAAGUGCAGGAACAGUUUACUCAGAACACCAUGACGAUGGAGGAGACAGGACCACCAGCUUACCAGGAACAGGAAGACGAAUCGUACGAGGAGUAUUACGAGGAGACUGUCACCGAGAGCGUUAUGUCGUCUGUGGCGGAAGAACGACAGACGUUCACGAUCAGUUCUGUUAAGGACCCACGAACCAAGAACGACUUUAUCACUCCCCAGGAAGCUGUCCUUCUCGGUAUCAUAGACCAGGCGACCAAUCAGUACGUAAAUAUAGUUACAAAGGAAACCAUGACCAUGGGCGCCGCCAUCAACAGGGGUAUUGUGCAAAUUACGUUCCAGUCUAGCGAGAAAAUUAGAGAGGAGGACCAAUCUUACGGGCUGAUUACUAUAAAGACGGUCAAGGACACUCGACCGUUCAAGAUAAGGAAAGUCCUAGAUCCAAGCACUGAAGAGGAGUUAACAGUUGCUCAGGCGAACGCCAAGAACAUCAUAGACGACGUCAAGGGCACAUAUACCACAGAAGAUGGGGACGUUAUCAGUAUCAGGGACGCUAUACACAGCGGAUUGGUGAUCGCCGACUUUGAAGAAGGAGAAAAUGGUGAGGAUCAGGACGAGACACAAAUGAAGACUUAUGCCGUACAUGGGGUAGUGAACCAAAGACUCAAGAGCAAGGUGUCGUUCACGGACGCCGUUGAUGACGGUCUGCUGGACCGAAAGGAUGGUCAAUACGUGAACAAUGUAACAGGGGACAAAGUUCCUGUUCAGGAAGCAAUCAUGAGAGGCUUCAUCAAAGCUAGGCUUGUGACCGACACCUCGAAACUCGAUAUCGACCCAUCAAAUAACAUCGUCAUAGACAGGAUCGAAAAGGCCAGGUCCAAGAUCCUCUCUGCUGUCAGAUCUGCGCAUGCGUUCAAAGGGUUGACUAAUGGUAAACAUUAAUCAAGCUAUUUUUCAUUGACAUGGUGACUUAAUCGGUUCUACUAAAAACACUCGUUUCCGAAAGCAUAUGAACAACCGUAGUAUAUAGAGAUUGGAGUUUGUGUACAUUUUUGCUUUACAAAACAAAAACUUGAUUUAGUUCACGCAUUUUAAGCGAACAUAUGAUAUAUUGAUAAAAGCAGUAAGGCAUGCUUUGAGAGAAGAAAACAACAGUGCCCUGACCAAUGACAAUUGUUUCGCCGUUUUCGAUUGAAGUGGAUACAUAACAUCAUACAAGCAAUUAUAUUUAUUAUUUCGAUUUUUUUUCAAGUCAUGAUCUCAAUUGCCAUUUGCAAAGAUCUUGAAAACAAUAUAUGAAAUAAAUAUAUAUAUAAUAUAUACAUUAUAGAUUAAAAUAAAUGUGAAACACCAUGGGAAAACACGAACACGUACUUUUUUACGGAUAUAUAAAGAAUGAAGUUUGUAACAUGACUUACAUAAAUAUAUAUAUUCACAACAGAGCUUAUCGUCUCUAUAUGUUAUAUAUAUAUCUUCCCAGCGCGUCGUCAUACAUUUAUACCUGGUAUUUCAUAUCUAAUCAUUAUAAUGUGAUUUAAUUUUUAAUGAUUUGUUAAUAAAAUAAAUUCAUGAAAAUAUGACAAGUUA